AUGGCUGGUGCUUUAGAGAAUGCUCGUAAAGAGAUUAAAAGAAUCUCAUUAGAAGACCAUGCAGAAUCUGAAUAUGGUUCCAUUUACUCUGUUUCUGGUCCAGUUAUUGUGGCAGAAAAUAUGAUUGGUUGUGCCAUGUAUGAAUUGGUUAAAGUUGGUCAUGAUAAUUUAGUUGGUGAAGUCAUUAGAAUUGAUGGUGAUAAAGCUACUAUUCAAGUUUACGAAGAGACGGCAGGUGCUACUGUUGGUGACCCUGUUUUAAGAACUGGUAAACCUUUAUCUGUUGAGUUAGGUCCAGGUUUAAUGGAAACCAUUUAUGAUGGUAUUCAAAGACCUUUAAAGACAAUUAAAGAUAUUUCUCAAUCUAUUUAUAUUCCAAGAGGUAUUGAUGCUCCUGCUUUAAGUAGAGAUAUUAAAUGGAAUUUCACACCAGGUAAAUAUACCGUUGGAGAUCAUAUCUCUGGUGGUGACAUUUUUGGUUCUAUCUUUGAAAAUUCUUUAUUAGAUAACCAUAAAAUUCUAUUACCACCAAGAGCAAGAGGUACUAUUACAUGGAUUGCUCCAGCUGGAGAAUAUACCGUUGAUGAAAAAGUAUUAGAAGUUGAAUUCGAUGGUAAGAAAUCUGAAUAUUCUAUGUAUCAUACGUGGCCUGUUCGUGUUCCAAGACCUGUUGCUGAAAAAUUAUCUGCAGAUUAUCCUCUUUUAACUGGUCAAAGAGUUCUAGAUGCAUUAUUCCCAUGUGUUCAAGGUGGUACCACCUGUAUUCCAGGUGCUUUCGGUUGUGGUAAGACCGUUAUCUCUCAAUCUCUAUCCAAGUAUUCUAACUCUGAUGCAAUUAUCUAUGUUGGUUGUUUUGCUAAAGGUACUCAAGUUAUGAUGGCUGAUGGUACUGAUAAAUCUAUUGAAGAUAUUCAAUUAGGUGAAUUAGUAAUGGGUAAAGAUGGUACUCCAAGAACUGUUAUUUCUUUACCACGUGGUAAAGAAACAAUGUAUGAAGUUUGUCAUUCUUCCGCUAAGGGUGUUGCUCCAAGUACAUUAAUGAACUAUGUUUGUUCAGGUAACCAUAAGAUUGUUAUGCAAACUCCACAACAAGUUGGUAUCACAGAACAUGGUCUAGAUAACAAUAAGACUUACACUAGUGUUUCCUAUUUCGCUUUAACAGAUUCUCAACAUGGUUACCCUGUAGUUAAGAAGGUUACUAAGAGUUUUGAACAUCAACAACUUGGUGGUAAAGAACAAACUCAACUAUUGGUUAACCAAUUUGUUGCCUCCCUGGACGCUAAGCCAAUUGACUGGGAUGUUGAAGCUAAGCAUUAUGAAACUUUAGGCCAUUAUGUCAAGAAAUGUUCUUAUCAAUUAAUUAACCCUGUUUUCCAACAAUCUGGUAAAUUAGCUCAACAACUAAAUAACUUCGGUUACGCUAGUAGUUUGGCUCCACAAUUAGGUUGGUUAUUAGGUUUCUGGGUUGGUAAUGGUGCUAUGAGAUAUUCUCAAUUUACCAUUGAAUCUCAAGAUAUUGUAUUAAUAACCAGAAUCCAAGAAAAUGCUUCAGCAUUAGGUCUAACUGCUACUACUGCUUGUUACUACAGUGGUUCUAAGGAUAACGAAGCUCAACUUGCUAAGAUUAAUGGUGGUAAAGUACAACCAGAUGGUACUGUCGUCUUCGAAGAUGAUUUGGAAAGCACUCCAACUGCUAAAGAAUUAUCUGACAUGGAUAGAUUAUCAGAAUCCAAGACUGCCACUGUUGCUACAUCUUUCGGUGUUGAAUCUAUUGAUGAAUUAGUUGUUACUUUAGGUGCUGCUGAUAGCCGCGGUAACAUCUUUGCCAAUAUCGUUGAAUCCUUCGGUAUUGAUAUCUCCGACAAGGACGCCCUACCAGAAAAGAUUGCUAACGAAUUGGCUCAUGAUGACUUCGAAGUCCGUGAACAAUUCAUUGCUGGUUUGGUCGAUGCUAACGGUUACGUUAGAAAGGACGUUUACGACCAUGCCUCUGAAGCUACAGUCACUACCACUUCCAACGCUGUUGUUGAAGGUCUAGUUAAAUUAGCUCGUUCUCUUGGUAUUAAGAUUGUUGUGACUACCGAUGCUGAUGAUGAAGAAGAAGAAGGUCAUCACGACCAUGCUCAUUGCGGUCAUGACCACGACUCUACUACUUUCACAGCUGUCAUGACUGGGGAUGCUUUAACUAACUCCAUGAGAUUCUGUGCUCUUGGUAGAAAUAAGGUUGUCGCUAAAGAAUUCACUAGAGAAGCAGUUCCAUUUUUCUUCACUUUAGACAAGAAGGCCGAAGAUGAUUACUACGGUAUUACUUUACCAGAUAACACCGAUAAACAAUACUUACUAUCCUCAAUGGCAUUAGUUCAUAACUGUGGUGAAAGAGGUAACGAAAUGGCUGAAGUCUUAAUGGAAUUCCCAGAAUUAUUCACUGAAAUUAACGGUAGAAAGGAACCAAUUAUGAAACGUACUACUUUGGUUGCUAAUACUUCCAACAUGCCUGUCGCUGCUAGAGAAGCUUCUAUUUAUACUGGUAUUACAUUAGCUGAAUAUUUCAGAGAUCAAGGUAAGAAUGUUUCCAUGAUUGCUGAUUCUUCUUCAAGAUGGGCUGAAGCUUUAAGAGAAAUUUCUGGUCGUCUAGGUGAAAUGCCUGCUGACCAAGGUUUCCCAGCUUAUUUAGGUGCUAAAUUAGCUUCCUUUUAUGAAAGAGCAGGUAAAGCUGUUGCUUUAGGUUCUCCAGAUCGUAUUGGUUCUGUUUCCAUUGUCGCUGCUGUCUCACCAGCUGGUGGUGAUUUCUCUGAUCCAGUUACUACAGCUACUCUUGGUAUUACACAAGUUUUCUGGGGUUUAGAUAAGAAAUUAGCUCAAAGAAAGCAUUUCCCAUCUAUUAAUACUUCAGUAUCAUACUCUAAGUAUACAAAUGUCCUAGAUAAAUUUUAUGAUCAAAAUUAUCCAGAAUUCCCAACUUUAAGAAAUCGUAUGAAAGAAAUUUUAUCUAAUGCAGAAGAAUUAGAACAAGUUGUUCAAUUAGUUGGUAAAUCUGCUUUAUCUGAUAGUGAUAAGAUUACAUUAGAUGUUGCAUCUUUAAUUAAAGAAGAUUUCUUACAACAAAAUGGUUACUCUACAUAUGAUGCUUUCUGUCCAAUUUGGAAAACUUUUGAUAUGAUGAAGGCAUUUAUUGCUUAUCAUGAUGAAGCUCAAAAAUCUGUUGCUAAUGGGGCUAAUUGGUCAAAACUUGCUGAAGCUACUGCAGAUGUUAAACAUCAAGUUUCUUCAUCUAAGUUCUUUGAACCAAGUAGAGGUGAAACUGAAAUUAACGGUGAAUUUGAAAAACUAUUAUCUAACAUUCAAGAAAGAUUCACCGAAUCUACUGAUUAA